AUGUCCCCUCCAACCGAACGUUUUAAGAAGCUUUCACUCGAAGGCAUGCCUCCCAUAACUCGUCUCCAGAGCCAGAGGCUACCGGUGGAAGACUCGAGCUCCGAGUCUGAGACCGAGCCGGACUUCGACUUCGAUGAGGAUGGUUACAUGACGUCCCCGUCGAACCUCAGAUACUCACUAGAUCUCCUAGAUGAAGAGACACGGGAUAAUGUAACGAGGGCUGUUGAAGUCCCUCCUCAGUUCGUGUUGCGUGGCUGCCAAGCAGGAGAUCAGCGCUGCCUUUUCUUAAUAACAGAGCCGGUGGAAUACACGAUUCGGACUGGUAUGGAAGAAAGCGGUUAUGGGAUUCCAAGCUGUACCUGCGAGAGUGGCGAGCACGGCGAGUCACCUUGCCGCCAUAUUCUUUGGCUGUUCGAUCAAAUCACCAGCCAGAUCCUGGGCGUCCAGAGGGAUCCCUUCACCCUAUCGCAACACGGCUCUCCAACGGAGCUCGGGAACCCAUACGAUGCGAUAUCGGACUUCCAUCUCGACAUGCUAGCAGACAGCCUCCAUUGUGAUGUCGUCGGGCAGUCACCAGAUCCGAACCCCAGGCGGGUCCAGGAAACACGAGAGAUACUCGCCUCCCUAAACGAGGUGCCCAUCGACGAAUACCGGCCGGACCUCUUCGACAACCCGCGGAAGGGCAAGAAGGUCAUCAAGCGAGGCGACCUGGAGCAGACCAUCUUCCGCAUGCUGCUCCGCAACGACGACUUCUUCCAGUACUUCCUGUCGUCGAUGCGCGCCGACGAGUCCCCCCACAAGAACCGGUUCCGGAGCCUCCGGCACCGGACGGACGCCGCGCUGGCCGGCCUGCGCGCGUACGCGGAGGACCCAUCAUUGCAAAACGUCGCGCGCCCCAAGGACGUCGAGUGGUGCGCGACACACCUCGCCUCGGUGACGCGCCAGAUCCACGCCGUCAUCCACACGACGGACCGGCCGCUCGAGGCGCGGGAGCUGCGCGCCGCGGCCCGCGCCGCCGUGCACGCGCUCGCGCGCGUCGUCGACAGCGACGAAGACGUCGGGCCCUCGCACCUGCCCAAGGAGAAGCGCAACCUGUUCUUCCGGCUCGUCGGCUCCGGCGAUCGCAACUUCGCCCUCGACGUCCUGGCCUCGAUCCCGCCGCAGGUCCUGGGUCCUUGGAUCGACGAGCUCGCGGAUAUCCGCGAUAAAGUCGCGGAGCGGGGAGCGCCGGAAUCGUAUACGGCGCGUCUGGGCUCGCUUGUCGCGCACUUGCGCUCCCGCUGGGCGGGGCCGGCGGCGCCGGCGGCGGGGUCGAAGAGGACGGGCCAGGGGCAGGAUCGUGGGGCGAAGAGGGUGAAGUGA